UCGUAGCUCCUCGUAAAUAAUUGCCGCGCCAGGAGUUGCCGACAAAGCCGGAGAGAUGUACUGCUUCCAGAAUCCAUUUUCGCGAGCUUCUCGCAGCGUCGUGACGAAUCCUCUGAACUCAAAGUGCUCGGACACUAAACGACGCAGCUCCGAGGCGACCAGCGAAGGCUCUGGCUCAUCCUCCAUUCAGUAUAUCGAUCAAUUAUCCGAGGCUAGUAGUACCGACACUCUGCCCGGUAUCCGGAGCGACUACCUCGAUAGCGAUCUCUUAUCCCCGGGACCGGACUGUCUUGCCUCUCCGACAAUCGUUUUCACCAGCGAUGACAACAACAAAACAACCCUUUCGUCCGCGAGUUCGCUCAUCGACGAGGCCAAUCCCACGGUCGACGAGAACGGAUUCGCGACUCUUCUACAGCAGCAACAGCAGCAGCAGCAGCAGCAGCAGCAGCAGCAGCAGCAGCAGCACACCAAUGACUCGAAUACCACCAAGUCCGGAGGUCGAUGGCGUCGCAAACUGCUCCUAAGAUUGCGCUCCACCGAUUCCUCAAACUCGAGCAACGGCGAGGCCGGAAGUUCUUCCGCCUCGCCCUCACCAGCCAGUGACUCCUCCUGCUCCAAGAACCUCCAUAACCAGCACAACAGCAAUAGCAACAGUACCGGUAGCAACAACAACAAUAACAACAAUAACAACAACCAUCACUACCACCAUCACCAUCAUCAUCACCAUCAUCAUCAUCAUCGUCAGGAGCGCAAGCUAAUGGCCCUGUCGCCAAAGCACGCGCAACGUCACUACUCCACGGGCUCGACGAGCAUGCUCCUUCGUGGCAUCGAGAACGGAUUCAGCGACGAGGACGACGACGACGUGGACGUUGACGAGGAGGAGGACACGUGCAAUCUCGAGGAGACUGAGCCCGAGGACGCCUCCUCCUUACCAUCGAGUCCUGCCGCACCGGCCACAGUUGGCUUAGCCACUGGCAGUCCCGUGCCCUAUUACGGCUUUCUUUCCGUUAAUGGUGGCGCCAUGCGCCAGGAGAGCACGAGCACCAGCUCGCCCCAACUGUCAACGGAGAUUCAUGGCAGCGGUGAUCGCACGCCCACGGGAUUGCUCGAGGAGACCUCGUCCCUGAAGGAGGAGAAGCGCGCCGGUAGCAACGAGACGGUCGCUAUGAAGUCCCACUUGAAGCCCGAGGGUGGCUUGGAUACGUCCAGCUGCCUUCCCGUGGCGAGGUCCUGUCCGAACCUCGAGAGACAAAGCGCCGGCUGCUCGAGUGCCAGCGGCUCCUCGAGCCCGAGUCCCAGUCCCGGGCCCGCGGGUCCCAGAUUCAAGCCCAUCGAGGAGGGCGACAUCCAAGUCUGCUACCUCAAUCACACGCGCACCUUGGUCAGCAAAAUAUUGUCCAGCAGGUUCUUGAGACGAUGGGAGACGCAUCAUCUUUAUCUCAACGACGCCUGUCUCUCAUCAAAAACGUUGACUGGAUUUCUUCAGCAGCCAGUGCCAUACAGCAGCAUGACGGAAGUAUACGCUGUGGCGAGAUGGGAUCCGACUUAUAAAUACUGCCUAAGGAUCGUUUUGCCCGAUGGAUCGCUAUUGCUGCAAGCUAGCAACGCCUAUACGAGAGAUCAAUGGUAUCACUCUAUAUUGUGGAAGAAGAGUAUUUUCAAAUAUCAACAUCUGGUCUCAAUGGCAACGAAGGAGGAGGUCGUGCUGCGCGAACUCAAGGCCCUCGUUGAUUUCGCUCUCUGGACACCUCUUCAGGACGAAAGGGUGGCGGGAGCGCCUCUCGAGGCCGUGGCGAAGCUGCUCGAGGAGCCAAUCGCCACGGAAAAGUCCGAGGACGAGAGCAACGGUCGGCUCGAGGACUCGUCGCCGGACGAGGAGGACUCGAGUGAACAGGAAGCUCGUAGCUGGGCCGAGGCCGUCCUGAACGUGGCGGCGCCACUCUUGGAACGGGCCGCUCCCCCACCGGCCCUGGCCCGCGGACUCGCCCGGCUGGCCCAGCGACAUCCCCGCUCGCCCCUCGUUCUGGGAUUGAGGCCCGCCGUAACUCGCUGCCUCAAGCACACCGUGGACUUCGGCAAGUCCCCGGACAUGCGUAAGCUCCUCCAGGUGUUCAUCGCCGCCCUUUACGAGAACGUCGACGGAGAGCUUACCAUCAGGGACUACGUGGCAUCGGUACACGGUCCAGGAAGCGACUGCCCCCACCCGAGGAUCCUGCCCAAUUUGGUCUCCAUUUGCGUCGCCGCCAUAUUCCACAGAUUCGAAGUAAGCGCGUGCAAGCAGCAACGCGAGCAGCAACAGGAGCAACAACAGGAGCAACAACAGCAGCUGCAUCAGCAAUCACAGCAGCUCGAGGAUGGCGCGUCUGCGUCACUACCACCCCUAAGAUGCUAUCUUCUAGUCCUGAAUAUCGCCAUGGGGUUUUUGGUGGGUGAAUCAUGGGAUGGUAGGGUAAACAGCGCAAUAGGACAUUGCAUGGACGAGGCGACGCAUUUCAGGUCAGAGUACGCGGACUGGCGGCCGGGCCUCGGGGCGCUGCUGCAGCCGGUGCCCUUCCCGGAGGAUGCCCUCGCCGACAAGGAGGUCCAGGAGACGGUUCUCUCCUACGUCAUGCGCCGACUCGCCAAGGAUCCGCGCUGCACGGUGCACCGGGUGCUACUGCCGGUGCGCGAACCUCGGCCCGGAUGGAUUCACAUUGCCGCGCCCUCGAGUCCCGCAUGCCCCGACGAGGGCCAACUCUUCGGCGACAUGCUGACGACGCUGUUGGCCUGCUGCUGUCGGCGCAAGCGCUUCAUAAGCUCCCUGCUGAAGCAGACAGGCGGCGCCUGUAUUCUCCUCGGUGUGAGGGGUUGCGACGCCGCCCAGGAGGCGCUCUGUCUCAUGCUCGAGUGGCGCCUACUGCCGAGCGAGGAGGCCAGGCUCCAGGUCGUCUCGGCGCUUCAGUCAACCGAGUCCGGGAAGACGCGAUACGCGGCUCUUUGCCAGAGGCAGAGAAAUCUCCAGGAGUUGCAACAGAAGGGCGGACCCCGCAAGCUCACCCUACCGGUGCGCGCGACCGACGCGGAUGUGGCCCUCCUCCUCGGUGGUGGUGCUCUGGGCAACCUCGAGUGCCUCAGCCUGGCCUUCACCUCGGUCACCUCGGCUUGCGCGGAGCAGCUAAUAAAGCUUCCCGCCCUCAGGUAUCUCAACCUCUGGGCCACACAGUUCGGCGACACGGGUCUGCAGAUGAUAAGCGAACACCUGCAGAAGCUCCAAGUGCUCAACCUCUGCGAGACCCCCGUAUCCGACAAGGGCAUCUCCAAAUUGGCAUCUCUAACGAACCUGCGAAAGCUCAACCUCAACAGCACGAAGCUCUCGGCAUCGACAUUCGAAACGUUGAAGAAGCGGCUGCCCGCCCUCCAGGAGUUCGACGUGCGCUACACGGAGGCCUGGUGACCCGAGUACACGCCCGAGAGCGCGUCGAACGGAUGCUCUCGGGACGGAUCGCGUCACGGCUCGCGUC